AUGGUCAUUUACACUUCGCUGGCUCAGUAUUUUCUACCAUUGCCGCACAGACAUCGGAGAAGCAAGCUAACCAUGGCCAGCCCUGUAAAAGCGCAGAAAGUGGAGGAUUGCGCCGUAGAAGGAUACCUACAUAGCGUGUCUCCAGCAAGAAACUCUAAAAAGAACAACAAGUACUUCACUGCUGUGAUACAGAGGGGAAGACACGAAUAUCAUCAAGUUGUAAGUUUUUCGCUGGACAAACUAACCGCGUUUUCGCAAGCUUCUAAGAACGGGACAGCAGUGAAGCUGAAGAACUUACGCCGCAGUCUCAGCUUCUCUGAUCCCGAUGGAUUCGAUGUAAUCUGCUCUAAAACGACAACCCUUGAUGUUGUGACUGUACCGUUCUCCUGCAUCGCACCUUCAGGCAGCGCAAGGACGGAUGUAGCUGCCAUGAAAGCGCUGGGACCGAGACAAAAUGUAGACGAGCUGGAAGGUAAGGUCCUGCCCCGUGCUGCUGUCAGGGGGGUACCGAUGAUCCCGACAACGGCGCUUCUUCCACGACUUUGCACGGUUUGGUCUCCGGGGUUCAAAUCAGAGCCAGGCAUCUCAUUGUGUUCAAAACGACAUUUCUGCCAACUCCAUUACCCACAGAUGUGA